AUGUCCGAGACUCGCCAGCUUACGUACAUCAUCGAGCAUAUGGAGGCCGACACCCUCUCCACCUGGUCGCUGGUGGAGUACAUGCACACGGCGGCGGCUAUCGCCACGCCGGCUACGCUGAAGCUUGACGCCCCGGGGCCGGGGUUCUCCUGCCGUCUGAUGAUUACCAACCUUUCCCAGGAGAACAUUGAUCUUCUGCGCAAGGAGGGCAUCCACGAGUCGGCCAUCCUGGAAACGCGCAAGGUCCUGGACAUGGAAUUCCCGGCCGAGGAGAUCUGCCUCUUCGACCUCGAGGCCAAGGAAACCGUCUCCCCGGCCGAUGGGCAGGUCUUCAAGUACUUCGUCAUCGGGGGCAUCCUCGGCGAUCACCCGCCCCGUGCGCGGACCAGCAAGCUUCGCGAGCUCUCAUGCGAGAUCCGUCUGCUGGGCGACUACCAGAUGUCUUCCGAUACCGCCACCAUUGUCUCGUAUCUGAUCACCGCCUGCGGCAAGAACCUGGCCGAUCUGCCGCUCAUCGACAAUCCCACCUUCCAGCUCGGGCCGAACGAGGGUGUGGAGAUGCCCUUCCGGUACCUGACCAACCCGGACACCGGCCGGCCCCUCGUGCCCAAGGGCUUCAUCCGGAAUCUGCGCCGGCAGAACGCGGCCAGUCUCGUCGUGAACAGCAUCAAGAAGUGGGUCGACAACUAUGCCGUGGACUUCCUCGAGAAUCCGGAGAUGACCAAGACCCUGCAGGCAUUCAUGUCCUCCAUCGACCCGUCCGACACGGCCUCCGUCUUGCAUCUGGGCCGCGCCCUGGACCGCCUGCUGGCGAACAACCCGGCCGACCGGAAUGGUCGCGGCCGUGGGGGCGCCCUCUCGGUGGAGGAGCUCACCCAGUCCGAGGUCUCGGCCGUGGCCCUGGCCCGUGCUCGUCUCGACCAGGCCAAGGACUCUUCCCAGGGCGGCCAAGACCGCCAGGGGACCAACCUCGACCGUCUCAUCGGCCGCUGGGCCAACCCCCGGCCCUCGGCCCCCAUCGCCGGCACCCGAUAUGCCUCCUUCCUGGAGAUCGACCCGCUGGAGUUUGCCCGGCAGCUGACCAUGAUCGAGUUCGAGCUCUUCUGCCAGAUCCGCGCCCAGGACUUCCACGACCUGGCCUGGAUGUCCAAGAACAAGGAAACGCUGGCCUUCGGUGCCACGCAGCUGACGCGCUGGUCCACUCGUAUCUCCCACUGGGUCAUCACCGAGAUCGUGUCUCACACCAGCGACAUCAAGGCCCGCGCCCAGUGCUACGAGCGGUUCCUCGUGAUCGCCGGGCACCUGGACAAGAUGAACAACUUCAAUGGCUGCAUCGAGAUCCUGACGGCCCUCAACUCGUCGCCCGUCUACCGACUGAAGAACACCGUGGCCUACCUGCCGACCAAGGUCCGCCGCGAGUCGGAGAAGCUCUUCCGUUCCUUCAGCUCGGACCUCAAUUACAAGAACCUGCGCCAGCGUGUGCAGCAGCACAACGAUGUCCCGCUCAUUCCCUUCCCCGGUGUGUACAUGCAGGACCUGGUCUUCCUGGAUGGCGGCGCCAAGAACUUCCUCGACGAGGACAAGGGCGUCAUCAACUUCAUCAAGCAUGCCACCGCCUCGCGGUACAUCACCUCCCUGCUCAAGCACCAGAAGCUCGAGUAUACCUUCGAGAUCAAGAAGGAGAUCCGGGACUUCAUCUGCACCGGCCUGCCCAUCAUCCAGUCCGAGGACGAGCAUUACAACCUGUCGCUGCAGUGCGAGCCUCGCGGCACGAACUAA